CUCUCUCUGUCUCGUCAACCCACUUACACGAAUUCUAUCGCUGAAUGUGAUUUUAUAAUUAAUAUCACACAAAUCGUUGCGUUGCAAGCGCUCCUCGCGCUCCUCGCGGUAUGUGGAUAAUGACAUCACUGUUCAAAUGAUUUGUUUGAUAGAUUAGGAUCAACAAAUAUUCCGACAUUGCUACCUUUUUUUGUACUGAAAAUUAUAUAAUAGUAUCUUAUUCAGAAAAAAAAAAACUUAACUAAACUUUUGUAUUGAAAUAAACGACACGUGUAUGUUUUUCUUCAGUUAGAGAAAUUUCAUGGCGGCUAAUUGUGCUCCAUGUCACACCGCAGUGCCGCUGAGGAACUGCAGGACAGACGCAAAUAGAAUUCAGCCCUGUGGUGCUGCAGACUGUUCAGUGUAACUGGAUCCCUGUCGCUGGUUACGCCGUGCUCUGCACAGAGAGCGUGCCUGUCCUCCAUACACAAGACUAGCGAUAACUCCAGGUCAGAGCAGGUUCAACACAGGCCUGGUUGCUGUGCUGGGGGUGCAGUCCACCUCUGCAUCAACACUGCAAACAGCCUGAUUGCACAGCACAGUUGGAGAGGUCAUGAAAUGUCUCGGUGCAUUGAUCAAGGGCAGCGGGAUCUAUUUCUGUACUCUCUUUCCUCCCUCCAGCUUACUUAAUGUCAGCCAUGAACCACCAUCACAAGGUCUAAGUCAUAAAGCAAAUGCAAUAUAUUCAGCUGGGCCAGGGCAUGUGCCCUAUAUAUCUAUACGUGCAAAGUGUGGUUUGAGAAGACAUCCGCUUAAUAAGAAUGCCCUGGACCGGGCUGCAGUGGCAGUGUGUACAGGCUAUGCAGUAUCCGUGCGCGUUUGUGAGGCUGGACCCUCAGUGUCAGCUUCCACUCUCAACAGCUCACAGCUGCUAAAAUUAGCACCCAAGCAGAGUAACCAGAUCACCUGGCCUUGAACUUCACCAGCGAGCUGCACUCCUUUCUGCUGGAUACUGCACAGAUUUGCUGUAACUUUUGCCUUUGUUAUUAGCUGCUCUGGCACUUGGUACCACUUGCCAGAGAUAUUGCUGUCAACGGGACUUCCAUUCCAGAGGAUCGGUAAGUAAAGAUGUCGGUGAGAGGCGGGGGGCUGACCCACACGGACCCUGUGGUGCGCGAGGCCUACCUGAUGUCCUACGAUUACAUCAGCUACGUGACGGGCGUGGCUCCGGCCUCCAGGCCCGCCCCCUCGGAGGCCGCGGCGGCGCUGCGCCACGCGGGGGACGAGCUACUCCUCAAGUACCCCAUCUUCUUCAAGCGCUGGCCGCGGCUGUUCCAGGAGCUGGACGGGCGGGACGCCUGUGACACGCUGCUCCGGAUCUUGGACGAGCACUUCAGUGCGGACAGAGCGGCCAGACGCCAGCUCACCUGGAGCGCCAUCCUCUCCAUCUACGUGCUGGCGGGACAGAUGGCGCUGCACUGCCAGGAGAGUGGCACGGGGGAGGUGCUGCCCGAGCUGCAGAGGCGCGUCGGGGAGUACGUGGAGAGGGUGGUCUGCCCCCAGAUCAGGGAGAAGGGUGGCUGGUCUGGGUUCCUAACCCGCUACAGUAAGAAGCAGGACCCCGAGCAGGUUGUGAUCAGGGUUUGCUGUGCUUCCCUCCUGCUGUUCACCACGGUGACUCUGAGCUACUACCUGUGGAAACACAAAGUCUCCUAAACCACCCCGCUUUCGCCACAGCACCCCCUGCUGCCCGGAGAGGAGAGAGGGCAGCACAGCCCUGCUGAAACAAAGGGCUGCAUCUGAACCUCACAGGCACCCAUCUGUCCCAGAAACAGAGCCUUAGAAAAGUGUUGCAUAGUGAAAGCAUAGCAAAGUGUAAUCAAGCAUAGUGAAGCAUGGUAAAGCACAGGUAAGCAUUGUAAAGCACGCAGGGGUAUGAUAAAGCACAUUACAAAAAAACUAACACAGCAAACCUGGGUAAAGUAUGUUAAAUGCGUGGCAUAACCAUGAGAAAACUACAACGGAAAGGAAGAGUAGACAAAAUCAACAGCGGGAUGACAGCUCGUAUACAGACAGGCAGGCAGGCGACUGUAGCUGUCACUCGCCAACAAGCCACCAGAUGGCGCUCCAGGGUUGCACACGAGGCUACAGUUAGAAAUUCACCAGUGAAAGCACAGAAAGGCUUCGCUGUCACUUUUGCGUUUGAAUUGCUGUUUGAUGAAAAUGUUUUCCCUGU